AUGGACCGACAAGCCUCGACCGGAAAAAGACGCAGACGAGGCACGGACGACAGUAUCGAUGCAGAGUAUUUUGCAUUAUGUGAUCCUCUUGGAAUGGGAAUCUCCUUGGCUUCUCGGUUCGAAGACACGGGCGAAGCUGCCGAUCUUAAGCUUGCAAUUGAGCACCUCGAAAGCGGUCUUGAGUUCACUACAGACGUAUCGACCUUGGCAUCACUCCAUCACACCCUCGGAUGCAUUUACAAUGAAAGAUAUAUAAUAAGUGAUGCCGUAUCUGACUCUGAUGAAUCAUUUAAAAAUCACCAAGCGUCCUUAGACCUUACCCCUCUUGACGACCCGUCACGAAUAGACAGGACAGCUGACAAAGCCCGUGCUUUCUGCACACGGGGCCUCAACUCGGAAGAGAAACUCCAUUUCGACGAGUGUAUCCGUUUAUUGGAAGAAUGUGUUGGACAACUAGGCUCGGCAAGUCUCUUAACCCUUACCCAACACAAGCUUCUAGGGGACGCAUAUCAAGCCAGAUGGCUCCAAAGGUUAGAAAGUAUCGACGACGUUGAACGAUCCAUUUCCCUCCACACGCAAAUAUUGGACCGUUUUCCAAACGACAUUUCCCGCCGAGCGACACUGGCGGAGUUGGCUCAGCUAUUCCUAUUCAAAUUUGAUGAAACGGACGACGUAAGCCUCUUGGAAACAUCGCUCGAGCAUUCGCGAAGGGCCCUUGACACAUGGACAGACGGCAAUGCAAAGAACGAACUGCGGGCAGAACUGUUUCGGAUCGCGGGCAAGACAUUCGAAAGAAGAUACAAGCGUCUAGAAGAAGCAAGCGAUCUCGAAGCAUGUAUAGACUCGUACAAGUCAGCCGUGGACGCCCUUGCAGAUCAUUCGCCUCCCCUGGAGAGGUUUCAAUCGCUGAUAAUGUUGGCCGAGGGCUAUGAAGCCAGGUAUCAAAGCGCCGAGUCAAUAACAGACCUUGAUAUCUCGAUUCGGACAGUCCAGAAGGCUCUCGAUCUCGCAUCACUUGCCACGGAUCAGCAGUCAUUAGGUAACAGGCUUUUGGGGUCAAGCUAUCAAGGAAGAUACGUCCGAACCGGAGAGCUGCCGGACCUCGACCAAGCUAUUGCGCGAUAUCGGAAAGCAAGGGAACUGGAACCCUAUCGCGAUGAGCAAGCAACCUUCAGCUUGGCGGGGCUAGCCGAAGUAUUGCACUUGCGGUAUGACAAGAUGGGGCAAGAGAGGGACAUGAAAGAGUCCGUCGACGCGGCCACGGAGGCUCUGUCUUUCCUCCAAGGCCCAAGCAAUAACUGGAAACGUAUCCCUCUUCUUCGGACUAUGACUCUGGCAUAUUUAGAGGCCGCCAUGAAGCAUCUCAAAGUUUGGGAGAAUUCGCUCUCAAAAGACGAUUUCCAGUAUUCAGAAAACCUCUUUGCUAUUAGCCACGUAUAUAUCGACAAGGCUGAGGCAUCCGGGUCAGAAGGGGACUACGAAAUCUCUAUUAGGAAAAUGCAGAAUGCCGUGGACUGCACUGCAGAAGACGAUCCAGACCGGAGUCAUCGGCUGCAAGCCCUUGGAUGGGAGUUCCACAGCCGAUUCGAGAGGCUCAGGGAAGCAGAAGACCUAGAUACAGCGCUGAAGAUAUACCAUCGGGCUUUCAAAGAUGUACGUGCGCUUCCAAGGGACCAGAUCAAUGCGGGAAAUAUCUUGGCCCAUUGGCUGGUGACCGCAGGAAAUAUUUCAUCUGCCUAUCAGGUCGCCACUAAAACACUUCCGUUGGUUUCUCAUCUCACUCCCCGCUCGCUGGUUGUCUCCGAUAAGCAAAAGCUACUCAAGGGAAUCCCUGGCCUAUCCACCCUUGUGGGAGCCGUCACCCUCAUGGCAGGUAAGGAGCCAUAUGAAGCGCUUCAGCAUAUUGAACUUGCAAGAGGGGUCAUCACCAGCUCAUUACGUGAUCUGCGUUCGGACGCACUUGAACUGCAAUUCUCGCAUCCAAAUCUGUCAGAAAAGCUCCAUCAAUUGAGAGAGUUGCUUAAUAGUGACCCGAUAUCGACAAGUAGUUUCGACAAUCCUCGCCACGAUGCUGGCCGCCAGUUGGAUUCUCUACUGGAGCAAAUUCGAGGCUUGCACGGGUUUGACCGUUUCUUAUUGCCACCAUCCGAGAAACAAAUCAAGUCAGCCGCAGUUAAUGGCCCGAUAGUCAUGAUCAAUGUGCACCGUGAACGGUGUGAUGCUCUCAUCGUUAGAACGGACCACAUCGUAUCUCUAGCACUUCCAGACUUGCACCAUGCCCAAGUGCUAGAAUAUGCAGCUAAAGACAUUGAUCGCGAGAUCCUUGAAUGGCUCUGGGACACAACCACACUCCCCAUCAUGGAGUUCUUGGGUUAUCAUGAGAUGCCCACUAACUCACCCUGGCCCCGUGUAUUUUGGAUAACCACCGGCCCUCUCUCGUCCUUUCCGAUUCACUGCGCGGGUUACCACUACAGUGGAUCAACCAAAACAGUCAUGGAUCGUGUGAUUUCCACCUACAGCGCAUCCGUAGGUGCAAUCAUCCAAGGUCGCCAGGUAACAAGCAGGAUAUCGUCCAAGGAAUGGCAGAACAAGAAAGCCCUCUUGGUCGGCGUCCAGGAGCUUCGUUACGCGCCAGAGGAGAUCAGCCAGAUUCAGAAGCUAUGCGCGGGGAUGCACUUGAAAACGGUAAUAUUAGAGCCCCAACGCAAUGCAGUCCUUGAUUUCCUACCAGAGUGUGAAGUUUUUCAUUUCGCAGGCCACGGGAUGUCUCAUCCUCUUGAUCCAUCCAAGAGCUCGCUGAAAAUGAGCGAUGAGCCCCUAACUGUGCAGGAUCUCUUCAACAUCAAGCUCCACGACAAGGCACCAUUUCUUGCAUACCUCUCAGCAUGCAGUACUGGCCGCAGCGAGGACGAGGAACUUGUUGAUGAAGGGCUCCAUUUGAUAGGCGCGUGCCAGAUGGCUGGCUUUAGGAACGUGGUUGGGACGCUGCGAAGGGUCGAUGACGGUGUCUGUGUUCAGGUAGCAAACAUGACCUACGAGUGGAUGAAGAACUCCAGGUUGAGCAAUGAAUCUGUCGGUGAAGGACUUCAUCAUGCUAUCAGAAUGCUCCGGGGUCAGUGGGUAGUCGGCAAUGAACAGGAAGACGAAAUGCGAGGUGGUAGGGCAAAGCAAGAACCCAACAAGCACAGCCAGAGCCUCUUUCUGACAACAGCGGCAGAGGCAGAUAAUGGCAAUACAUUGAGAGAGGGCAGGGAUAUUAUUAGCUGUAGCGACGAACCAAUAUCCUGGGCUCCCUUUGUUCACUUUGGCAGUUAG